GCUGCCUGCGGCUCCUGCUGCCCCCGAGGACCCAGGAGCCCCGGGCCUUAGCUCCGCCCCGCGGGCCGGCCUGGGCUUCUGCCGUGCCGAGAGGGGUCCCCCGCUCCCCUCGAGGCUCUGCGUGUCUGUGUGUGUGUGUGUGUGUGUCCGUGUAUAUGUGUGUGUGUGUGUGUGUGUGCGCGCGCGCGCGCGAUGAAUUGGACUCGUUUCCUUCCGAUUGGUUUUGAUCAGCAGUCCUUUAGGGAGGGGAUGGUGGAAACUUUUUUCUGGCUAGAAGAAUGAAAACUGAGUAAGUACAUAAAACUUUGAACUUGAAACGGAAAGAAACAAAUACAAGCAAAGUCCUAACAGUAACCAUGCCCAUUCAAACCGAUGGUUCCUCACUGCCCCCACCCCCCUUUUAUGUUAAAAGCCGUGAAUGCUUACUGGAAAGCAGCAAUUUAAAACCAAAUGAAGGAAAGCAGUUAAAAACCCAAGGCUGGAAGCGGGACUGCUUUAAAAACCGGAGGAAAAAGGAGGGACUGCUGAGGCAACCUGGCCUGCCUCCAGGCACGCUGGGUUUUAACCUAUUGCGUUCUUCAACGCGGUUUUCAGACUCCAGACUUACUUUCUUUGGUGUUGUUUUCUCUUUUCCUCUAAGGCUGAGGCGGCAAGUCGGACUCCUUCGCUGUGAGUUUUAGGUGUUGUGGAAAUAAGGCAUACCAGAAGCAACAGUUUGGCAGCCUGCUGUACACGCAGGUUUCAGUUGCAACUAUUAUUAUUUUGAUGUCUUUUUUUUUUUUUUUUUUUUAUAGCUACCCAGGUCAGCCACUCUUCACUGUCAUACAUGGAAAAGUUCUUGAUAACCACCUCAGACUUUUGGGAUCUCUGAUUCUUUGGCAUGAAUCUUCGUAAAGUUCUUCAGCGGGGAUGGAGCAAAAUUGAUUUAAGUCGUGGAAGAAGAAGACAGACCCGGUAUUUUUUAUGCUGACAGAAAAUAGCUGCUAUGACUUUUCCCACAACGUGGACAGGGGCCAAGUGAAGCUGAACUGGUCAUGGUCUGUCGCCUAGGGCUCCUUUGUCGUCGGCGAUUUUGCCCCCGGCCCUUCUUGGUGGGCUUGGUGGUGGCGAUCUGUCUGUUCUACCAGACCCUGACACUCAGAGGGACAAGGAAGCUCACAGCUGCUGUCACUGGGGCUGCCCCAAACACGUCCACUGAAACCCAGGCAAGCAGAUGCCAGAAAGGAUUCUCCCUGGACAAACAGUGCUUCCUUCUCUCUGGUAAUGCGCAGGAAAUCAGGAAGAUUGAAGAAUCCAUUGACACACACUUUGGCAGCCAUGGCAGAAGGGCCAUCCUCUACAGACCGCUUUCCUACAGCAAAACAGAGCUUACACUCCUCCAGCACAUUCUCACUCAACAUCGCUAUACUGUUGCCAUCGUUGAAGAAAGACUGGGUGCUGGCCUUGGGCUGGGGCUGCUAGAACAAGGUGAUUUGGGUCCUUGGGAUCUGCUCAUUUGCCUGUCUUCCAGGAAGGCUGAUGGAAAGCCCUGUAUAUCCAAGGAAGAUGUGUGCCGGUUAGGUUUACAUCAAAAGGUAAACAUAUUACCAGAAAUACAGCAUCAGCUUUGCAGAAAGGAAGGAUUAUGCCAAAUAAUUAGAAGAUUUCCAGAAUUGCGGCUUCGAGUCAGUCCCUCUGUGUGCCUGAAUCAGCGUACACAAUUAAAACCUUCACGUCACCUUUUAAAAACAGGGAAGCCACAUACGUGGAAACCAUGGGAUUGGAGACGUGAACAACUAAACCAAACAACAGUCAUUGCUCCACAUGAAACCAUCUUUAGAGCUGAAGAUCUAUCUGGGAUUCUUAAGGUGUAUGUGUUGGUGACAUCCUUAACCCCUUUGCGUGCAUUCAUUCAUUCAACUGGCACAGUUUGGAAUCUACCAAAGAAAAAACGCUUGACUGUCAAGCUGCAAACAUUUGUUGAGACAUUCCUGAGGGCCAGUUCACCUCUUCAGGCCUUUGAUAAUAUAAAGGAAGCAAUAAGUAAGCUCCUGCUAGCAGCUGAAGCGUUCGGUGAAAUAUCUACCCUGGGACCAAAGGCCUUCGACAGAUGCAGAUUAUGUUUUCAACUUUUAACAUUUGACAUUGGUUACGGCAGGUUCCGGUACCCUGUAGUUCUCCAGGUGCAUGAGCAUUUAAAUUUUCAAAAUGAUGAUAAUAUGGACUUUGAGGGCCAAAAUACAGAAGAAUUCCUUUUGAGAGACACUUUGAAUUUUCUUCUCUCUAACGAAUCUUCAUUUUCUGUAUUUUCUGAGAUAUUUCAGAGACUUUACAGAUCAGGCAUAUUUAAAGGUGAAAACUAUUCAAGGGAACUAAAUCAAUGCCUGUCUUUAGAGGAUAUUAACUCAGUUAUGACUUUCAUAAAGGAACUUGGGAGUCUGGGACAAUUCCAACUGCUCUUCCCAUCUACCACUCCUGGGAUUCAAUCUUUGAUGCAUGAAUUUUAUGAUAUGGAAUAUCCUAUGGGGAAGCCUGGCUCAGUCCUGACCCAGUACUGGUCUCUUUUAAAUGUAUUUGAACAAUCUCGGCUCGUGGAUAAAAAGGCACAGCUACACCCACUGGAAUGGAAUUCUUUCUCAGAGGAUGGGAACGUUGGAAAACCACAAGUGCCAUUUGAUGCAAUCAAAAAUAAAAAAGCUGUGGUACCACGAAUUAUGAAUGAAACCAAGGAAAUACGUUGCAGCAAUGAUAAACACACACUGUGUCAUAUCAAGCAGAUCUUCACACAUCCACACUUGGAACUAAAUCCAGAGUUUCAUCCGAAGAUCAAAGAUUAUUCCUCUGAAGUCCCAUUUGAUGUGGUAACAGUGACUAUCGGAGCAGAGACUUCCAAGUGUCAGUGCAAGGUGCACCUCUACGAGCAGGCAGGGCCAAGCUUUGCCAGCUAUCCUCUGGGGUUAGGGAUGAACACAAUCUCCAUGUUCCUGGUGGAUGAAUCUCCAGCACCGGGUGAAACUCUAACCAUGUACAGACUCACCAUCCACCGAGAAGACCGCCCAAGUCUACCCUUGUUCGAGGACUUCACAGCUUGUGGUUUUGUGCAGGAUUGUGGUUUGCUGAUUCACCCAGAGGAGACCUGUGGGUUACGGCCUAUUUCCUCUGACUACAUUGAAACCAUUUCACAGCCUGAACUAAAGAUUUGUCCAUCUGGGGACACAAAAGGACAAUGGAUUGUGCCUUGCCUUACUUGUUCAGAUAACAGGACCUGUGACUGGAGAGAAAUAACCUGGCAACCCUACAACUGCCAAUAUGGUACCCUGAUGAAGCCUCAACUUCAGCAGUGCCUGAGAGGAAGAAAGAUUCUUUUCAUUGGAGACUCAACCAACAGGGGGAUAAUGUACUAUCUGAUUGAAAGACUGAAUGAAACUCUGCAGGAAUGGCAGAAGGUGCAUGGCAUUAAAUUCUAUCACAACAUCAACGGUGGGAAGACUUUGAUCAGUUAUUCCUACUAUCCCCAGUUCUGGAGAAGCCCUUCAUUGAGGCCGACGUUUGAAAAAGCACUUGAACUUCUCUUGCAAAGAUCACGUCCGCUGGAGAAUACUGGCCAGACUGUGUUAGUUGUUGGUGGUGUUCAGUGGCUUAAUUCCAAUCACCUGCAAAUUAUUCACAAGGUUUUGAAGAGGGAAAAUUUACCCAAUAUCCUGGUGAUCAUCAAAACACUGGGAAUUGGAUUUCAUCUACCAGUGGACGGAGUACAUUUUUUAAAUCAGAGUGAAGUACAGAACUUGUGGAAAGAAAAUGUGAUAAUUCUGGAUGCUGCAAAAAAGUAUGGCUAUGAAGUGGUUGAUACUUUCACUAUAACAAUGGGGCGAUACAAAGAGUUUCUGCAGGGAAAGUGUGGAUGUCAUUUCCAUGAGGUAGUGAAAUCAAAGUUAUCCAAAGAAUAUCACUUUAUUAAAAUGAAACAAUCAAGGAACCAUAUCGUGGGGAAGUAUUUCAGCAAUCAAAACAAACUUCAACAACUACAAGACUCUGUAACAAAUUUUCAAUCUCCAUACCACGUCAGAGGUCCAAUUAAUCAGGUUUGUUCUGAGAUCCUUCUCAGCAGGAUGUGCGCAAGUAAAUGGACUGCGUAGACGCCCUGUAGGAGGACUGAGAUGGGAGCUGGAGUCAAGACACUCAGCUGGAUGCUGGUCUGGGAACCACAUCCUGUACAUUAUAUGUACUUCAGAUCGACCACACACACAUGCACACUGUCACAUACACACACAUACACACACCUAUGUACGUGCAGAUUUUUUUUAAAUGCACUUUUUUCUUUGCACAGCUUUAUAAAGUCAAGAUAUGCACCAGAAAAUCCCAGUUGGUUUCAGAUUGAAAGACAGAGCUAGAAAAUGGUUACAUGAAGUACAAUCAUAGACUAGGACCACUGUGGGGCAGGUGUUACACUGGGAUAGUAAAGAGAAAUCUAGAUACUCAAAUUGUGUGGAAAAAAAGAGGACAAUGCUCUUGAGUAGGUGUUAUCUCCUCUGUAGGUACAUUAAUACAGAAGAGAGAAAAAAGCAAUGACAUUCCAUUUGCAAGCAGACAUUGCACUUGUGUCCUUUACCAGGAAACAAUGUGGCGUUGACGAUGGCUUUGGCUUUGUGAAUCAAAUGCUUAUCAAAAACAUUUCUUCCCAUGCUUUUUAAAUUUGAUCACUGAAAGGAGAAGAAUAAGAAUGUUUCACAAGGGAAUUCAGAGAGAUUCUUUGAGAGAAACAGGGAAUGAAAUAUUUCACCAUCAAAACACCAGUAUAUUUGCCUUUGCACUCUCUGUGUUCUUCAUAAACAUUCCCCCCUGUUGAGUCUGUGAACUUGGAUGGGUAACUGCAGUCAAAAUGGAGUAAACGGAGUGAUUUUAAAGUGAAGAGCAAAAUAUAGGUCCUCAUGUAUGACUUUAUUAUGUUUCAUUGAUGAUAUUACUUAAGAAAGCUUUUGUUUAUCUUUACAGCCCCAUAAAAAUUAAGAUUACAGUUACCUUUUAUGUAAAUAUUUUGCAAAGGGAUUAGGCCAAUUUUCCACAAAGCAUUUGUCUGUGUCAUAAAUAAUACUAUAUCACUAGUAACUGUAUUUUUAUUUUCCUGAAUAAUUUGAGCGAUUAUAUCUAAUCCAAAUUUAGAGUAAGCAACAAAUUAUUUAUUAAAACUAUGGCAUAUGUACAAAACAUAUCUAAUUCUAGUGUUGAGAAUUUUCUCUUCUAUAUUUUAAGUUCAAAAUGGCAAAUUUCUUUACUGUGUACAAAUGCAUUCUUGUGAGAUAACAUCUCACAGUUAUAAUGGAUUUUUAAAAGUAAUUUUUCUUUAGCAGGAAAAGAAAAAAGCUGAGAGGGUUAAUUCAAUACAUAGCUGAAGUUACCAAAUGUACAAAUACCUCAAUUCCACUGUUGUUGUUGUUAGGUGCUGUCAAGUCAGUUCUGACUCAUAGUGACCCUAUGUGCACAACAGAACAAAACACUGCCCUAUCCUGCACCAUCCUCACAAUUAUUGCCAUGUUUGAGCCCGUUGUUGCAGCCAUUGUGUCCAUCCAUCUCAUUGAGGGUCUUCAUCUUUUUCACUCACCCUCUACUUUACCAAGCAUGAUGUCCUUCUCCAGGGACUAGUCCCUCCUGAUAACAUGUCCAAAGUACAUGAGAUGAAGUCUUGCCAUCCUCCCUUCUAAGGAGCAUUCUGGCUACACUUUUUCCGAGACAGAUUUGUUCUGGCAGUCCAUGGUAUAUUCAGUAUUCUUCGCCAACACCAUAAUUCAAAGGCAUCAAUUCUUCAUUGGUCUUCCUUAUUCAUUGUCCAGCUUUCACAUGAACAUGAGGUGGUUGAAAAUAUCACACUUGGGUCAAAGUGACAUCUUUGCUUUUUAACACUUGAAAGAGGUCUUUUGCAGAUUUGCCCAAAGCAAUACAUCCUUUGAUUUCUCGACUACUGCUUCCAUGGCGUUGAUUCUGAAUCCAAGUAAAAUGAAAUCCUUGACAACUUCACUAUUUUCUCUGUUUAUCAUGAUGUUGCUUACUUGUCCUGUUGUGAGGAUUUUGUUUUCUUUAUGUUAAGGUGUAAACCAUAGUGAAGGCUGUAGUCUUUGAUCUUCAUCAGUAAGUGUUUCAAGUCCUCUUGGAUUUCGGCAAGCAAGGCUGUGUCAUCUGCAUAUCACAGGUUGUUAGUAGGUCUUCCUCAAAUCCUGACGCCACAAUGAGUGACCCUGCUAGUAUUUGAAAUACCAGUGGCAUAGCUUCCAGCAUCACAGCAACACGCAAGCCACCAUAGUAAGACAAACUGACACGAGUGGCAGUCAAUUCUAUUACCAUACAGAAAAUAAAACAAUUUUGAUUGAUCAGCUUCUUAGUAUGAAUAUCAACCUCCUUUAAAUACUCUAUUUUUAUAUAUAUUUUUAUA